AUGAUGUUGGGCCCUGAGGGAGGUGAAGGCUUUGUGGUCAAGCUCCGUGGCCUGCCCUGGUCCUGCUCUGUUGAGGAUGUGCAGAAUUUCCUCUCCGACUGCACGAUCCAUGACGGGGUCGCAGGUGUUCAUUUUAUCUACACUAGAGAAGGCAGGCAGAGUGGUGAGGCUUUUGUUGAACUUGAAUCAGAAGAUGAUGUAAAAUUGGCCCUUAAAAAAGACAGGGAAAGCAUGGGACAUCGGUACAUUGAAGUGUUCAAGUCCCACAGAACCGAGAUGGAUUGGGUGUUGAAGCACAGUGGUCCAAACAGUGCUGACACUGCCAAUGAUGGUUUCGUGCGACUUCGAGGACUCCCGUUUGGAUGCACCAAGGAAGAGAUCAUUCAGUUCUUCUCAGGGUUGGAAAUCGUGCCAAACGGGAUCACAUUGCCUGUGGACCCCGAGGGCAAGAUUACAGGGGAAGCCUUUGUGCAGUUUGCCUCACAGGAGUUAGCAGAGAAGGCUCUAGGGAAGCACAAGGAGAGAAUAGGGCACAGGUAUAUUGAGGUGUUCAAGAGCAGUCAGGAAGAAGUUAGGUCAUACUCGGAUCCCCCACUGAAGUUCAUGUCAGUGCAGCGGCCAGGGCCCUAUGACCGCCCUGGCACAGCCAGGAGGUAUAUUGGCAUCGUCAAGCAGGCAGGCCUGGAGAGGAUGAGGUCUGGGGCCUACAGUGCAGGCUAUGGGGGUUAUGAGGAAUACAGCGGCCUCAGUGAUGGCUACGGCUUCACCACCGACCUGUUUGGGAGAGACCUCAGUUACUGUCUCUCUGGGAUGUAUGAUCACAGGUAUGGAGAUGGCGAGUUCACUGUCCAGAGCACCACUGGACACUGCGUCCACAUGAGAGGGCUGCCCUACAAAGCUACAGAGAACGACAUUUACAACUUCUUCUCCCCGCUCAACCCUGUGAGAGUCCACAUUGAGAUUGGCCCUGAUGGAAGAGUGACCGGCGAAGCUGAUGUUGAGUUUGCCACUCACGAAGAAGCCGUGGCAGCCAUGUCCAAAGACAGGGCCAACAUGCAACAUAGAUACAUAGAACUUUUCUUGAAUUCCACAACUGGGGCCAGCAAUGGGGCAUAUAGCAGCCAGAUGAUGCAAGGCAUGGGGGUGUCAACCCAGUCCACUUACAGUGGCCUUGAGAGCCAGUCUGUGAGUGGCUGUUACGGGGCUGGCUAUGGUGGCCAGAAUAGCAUGGGUGGAUAUGACUAG